AUGGCGGUAGCAACUCGUUCAACCUCAACUAGCCCUGUCAAGAAACCAUCUGCGAACGCCGCAGCUGCCCCCACCAAUCCACAACAGAAGCCCUUGAAGCAUUUCGUUCUCCCAAAAGAUAUAUCCCCCAAAGCACGCUUCCUUCUCCUGCGACAUCCUCGCGACGGAAACCCACAAAGAUUCCUGUUUUGUCCCGAACGCGGGCUAUUCCACUUCAACAGAAUCAGUGCGCCGACGACGGACCCUCGGAGUCUCCUUUUCACUCCAUGCAUUCCUGAAACCCUCCAGACCAAUCCGACAGAGCCGAAAGAUGAGACUCGAUCAGAUCACUUAUUGAGCAAAGGGUACAUAAGCAAAAGUCCAGACUUCUAUGUGGCAGCACCAUUCGAUGUCGCCUUUAUACUUGCCCCUCUCAUCUUGCCGUCGAAGCCAACCGCGGCCAAGGCUUUGUUUCAGCCAAUCGACGAUCUCUUCGAGCAGCGAAUACAGGAUGAUAAAGAGCUACGAUAUUUAUUUGAGCAUGGACGACCCGUGGUAGAGAACGCCAUGUCAAUGCUUUGUGACACUAUUGAAGCAGGAGGCGAGCAGAUGUAUAGACCUAGCGAAGAGAAGACAGCACGCAUGAUCGUCCAGAAGGUCAAGAACGCCGACAACAGAGGCUUACCAACUAGCCUACUGGACAAAUUUGUAAAAAGAGCAUUGGAAGCUCCCAUCCUUAGCGUGAAGCGGGAGGAGACGCUUACAUCCACCCAGACAGUGCCCUUAGCAAUGGACGAAGAUGAUGGGGCACUUGAUAGUUUGGACUCGCAAUCUUCAGCCGCGAGCACGGCACAAUCUACCAUCUUCUCCGAAGUCUCGACGACGAGUUCGAUCAGCACUGUCGUCUGUGAGCCAAUUUCGAAGGAGCUGUUCGAGCUGCAGAAACAGCGGGUCGUCUUAGACUUCAUCCUCACUUCUUACCUGCCAGAGUCGAUCGCGGACCGUCUGAGAGCUCGGUUUGAUUCACCAGAUUCGCCGAUCGACUUUACCACCUUGAAGGACCACCUCAGGCACUUGGAAAAUCUUAAAGCCGAGGCACUUGCGUCAAGAUCGAUCACGGAUUUCAGCAGGAAGAGGGGAUUGGAAGACGAUGAAGCUCUGGAAGUGAGAGCAGAGAAGAAGCGGAAGCAGGAGGAAGAAGAGAGGAAGAAGAAGCUGGGAGAGUCAAGAGGAGUGCGCGAACUAAAGAAGGUCAAUGUUUCAGGAAUGAAGAAGAUGAGUGACUUUUUCACGAAGAAACCUGCCACAACCGUCAGUUGA